UAUAUUGUAAACUUCAUGCACCUAAGUCCCAACCAAACGUAAAUCGGUUUAUGAUAACGAAAACCUAAUCAUGGAGAGAAUGAGAGUCAUACUAAUCACUGCAUUAUUGUUCAUAAGCGUGGUGGUUGCAGAAGAUGCUUCAAUCGAUGAAAGCACUGAUCUUGCUAAAGACGUUGGUAUGAGCUUGGCCAUUGAUCAAAUACUUAAUGGACAAACUCAAGCGUACGAGUUUCCGAGGUUCAUGAGGCUUGUGACACAUUGCGGCUCACAUGUUGCUGAAACAUGCAGUGGAAAUAGUCCAAUGCAUCAUGGCGGUGGUGGAAUCGGUGGCCAAUUUGGGUUGUCUCAAUGUCUUUUUGAUUCCAUGGAAGCAUGCUUGGUAGACCACAAGGCCUCACUUUAUCAAACAACUUCUUCCGAUAACCCUAAACAGUCAAUUCAAUAUUUGCCAGUGCUCAUUGAAACUGUAAAGUUUCAAACCGUCUUGAGAACCUGCUCCCGUGUCACUGCACAAAGUUGUUUCACUGGUUCUAACGUUGAUGCAUCCGCUUUAUCAGCUUGUCUUCUACCAUCUUUGAAUCGCUGUGUGUAUCCUAUGCAACCACCACCACCGUCACCGUCACCCAGGAUUUAUUCUGCUCAAAUUACGCCUGAUCAAGAGCCACCACUGACCCCCACGACUUAUGGGCCACCUCUUGGGCCACCUCUUGGGCCACCUCUUGGGCCACCUCUUGGGCCACCUCUAUUACUGGAAUCUCUCCCCGAGACUCAGCCAUACUCAUAUUCCUCAACUCACAUUAUACCCCUACAAAAUCUCCCCUAUACUCAUUUUUACAGUGUGCAGAGUGCAUAA